CUGUGUUUGUAUUGACAAGAGCAUCAGUCAUCUACACGCCACCAUUUUGCAAAACACACAAAAUGUUCACAAAAGUGAAUUUAGUUUGUUUUGUGCUACUUUGCACUCUUAAUUUUUCUUUUGCAAAAUAUUAUCAGUCAUAUCAAAAUUUAGUAUCAAAUAACAACAGCGAUGAUUAUUAUUAUGAUGACGAAGUUUGCGAGCCGUCUUCCCUGCCACCACACCCUGACAGUAUGUGCUGUGGAGUCGACUCCACAUCCAGCAACAGGAUUAUCGGCGGAGCACCAACAGCACUAUUCCAGUACCCAUGGCUGGCUAUGAUUGAGUACAAGAUCCUCAAGUACCAAAACUGGCUCACACCGAGAUGUGGAGGUUCCCUCAUCAGUGGAAGACAUGUGCUUACAGCAGCACAUUGCGUCGCUGGUGAAAUUCUGCUUGAUAGCACUCCAUACAACGUAAUUCUCGGGGACUAUGACAAGCACCACGAAGGUCCGGAUUGUAUCACAACCAAGGAAGGGAAGCAAUGUAACGAGGGUGCUGUGAGGAUCCGCAUCGAUAAAAUCUUCGCUCAUGAGAAGUUUGGCGAGAAAACAAUGAAGAAUGACAUUGCUCUGGUCAAGCUCAAGACCAUGGCUCCUUAUAACAAUGCCAUUCGCCCAAUCUGUCUGCCGUUUUCGAACUUGUUAAAUCACGCUCAGCGGAACCAGUUCCUGUAUGCAGCCGGUUGGGGAACUAUGAAGCAGGUUCAAGUCGGCGAGAAGUACAAGGGCACGACCAGUAGUGUGAAACGUCACGUGAUUAUGCCUUUUGUGACUACCAAGAAAUGUAAAUCAGUAUGGCGAAGUCUGGUGACGGAAAAUCACAUCUGCGCGGGUGGUGAAGGUGGCAAAGACGCCUGUAUGGGCGACUCUGGUGGCCCGUUGAUGAAUGACAAUGAUGGAAUCUUUGACAUUGUUGGAGUCGUCAGUUUCGGUGCUGGUGAUCCAUGCGGCAAACCCGGCGUCCCUGGUGUCUACACCAAUGUGUACAGAUACAAAGAUUGGAUUGCUCACCGUCUUCGGCUUUAACAGCUUUUCAUCCUCAGUCUGUUGGAUCUACAUAAAUUACAAGAGAUCACGUCUGUUUCCCAUUGGGGUAGGCAGAGAUCACGGAAUGCCACUUGCUACGAUCUUGACACACCACUUCUACUUCUUCCACUCUCAUCAAAAUUCGUCGGUUCUACAACUAUAGAUAGAUUGAGGCACAGCCCGGCUACAUCAUACAAAAAUCUUCAAUCAAUCAAUAAUACUUUAUUGCACAACGACAUAUACAAAGGACAUAAACAUACGAACCGCCGUGGUUACCGUGUAACCGCCUAACAUGUACGUGCCAGCGAAACAGACAGUCAGCGCGCGCUCCCUUACCCCUUAGCAGCUUACGGCGAUUUCAAAGUGUCAUACUACCUAUUAUGACCCACCAAUGACCCAUGGUCUGUCCGUGAAAGGGUUAAUGUAUUAUUUUUCAGUCUUAAUGUCUACCAUUCUGUAUUUAUCGGAGUAAACUAAUAAUUCGACUGUGACUGAUCAUUACAUAGACAAUCGAUAAAGCCUUAUUAGAAUUUUAACACGUUCACUGUGUAUGAACCACAUUUGAAGCAAUAAAUUUGAAACUCAUACGUGUAUGACCCAUAUGUGGGGCACAUUUUUUCUUGCCAUUGUGUGUCUAUGCAAAUGUGUGUUUAUUGGAAAAUAAUAUUGCACGUUAGGGGUUAAUAUCUAAUUCUAAUGUAUUUAAUAUCAUGUUCAUAAAUAUAAAAUAAAGGGAAUUUUAAAACUA